AGCAACCAGGAAGUGAAGUUGAAUGACAGAGAGUAUCACAGAAAGAUGUUUACUUCAGUUCUGUCCCGUUAAUUGUUUUUUUUUUUUUUUUUUUUGGACCAUAGGAGUGACAGGGAGAACUGUUAGCGAAAUCAACGAAAAUGGAGACUGUGCGGAAACGAAGAGGCAGUGGUUUACAUACCGAAACUAGCACUCCUGCUGGUUUAAAGGAGAAUUCCACGCAGCAGGAAAAUCAGCGCUUCCACUUUGACCUGUGGUUCCUUCUCACGCUGCAGAACUGGAUACUGGACUUUGGAAGACCUAUAGUCAUGAUCAUCCUUCCUCUGGAGUGGUUUCCUCUGAACAAGCCCAGUGCUGGAGACUAUUUCCACAUGGCCUACAAUGUUAUAACACCAUUUUUAAUGCUGAAGCUGAUAGAGCGCAGUCCCAGGCCGCUGCCUCGCUCAGCCAUCUACCUGUGCAUCAUCACUUUUGUCAUGGGAGCCAGCAUCCACCUCGUGGGAGACUCCAUCAACCACCGGCUCAUCCUGAGCGGCUACCAGCUCCACCUGUCGGUCAGAGAGAACCCCAUCAUUAAAGACCUCAAACCUGCCACACUGAUUGAUUCCUUUGAGCUGCUGUAUUAUUACGACGAACAUCUGGGACACUUGAUGUGGUAUAUCCCUUUCUUCAUCAUUCUGUUCAUCUACUUCACCGGCUGCUUCACCAAGGCUGAAAAACACAAGAAGAUUCCCAUCUCUGGUUGGCUGUUGCUGGGACCCAGCUCACUCUACUAUUGGUACCUGGUCACUGAGGGACAAAUCACUGAACUUUUCCUCCUCACCUUUCUCGCCAUGGUUGUCAUGGCGAUUCACCAAAAGCGCAAAGGCCUCGGCCUGGACAGCAACGGCCUGUUCCUGUUCUACAGCUUCAGCUUCACUGUGCUCCUGGUGGGCCUGUGGGUGGUCUAUCUGUGGGAAGACCCAGUGCUACGAAACAAGUACCCUGGACUGAUUUAUGUGCCAGAACCCUGGUCCUACUACACCUUACAUAUCAAGAAGAACCACUGAAUUACAUCUGUACAGAACUGAUGCAGCAACCUGGAUCUUAGGACAUGAGACCUGAAACUCUUGCACCUUUCAGCAAUGAACUCCUCACAUUUUCUAACUUCAGGACAUCCAGCGUGAGACAUUUCCAGGAAUUGCCUUUCAGACAUGCACAUCACUGUAGGAGAUUGUAAAUGUCAGUCUGAUAAAGUAGGGCCGAAUGGACUCAGACAUUCACAUUCACACCUGCAUCCUUCCUGGACAAUGUGGAGACAUUGUCAGGAUUGCAUUAUAUGUGUGAACCAAUCAGCCUUCUCACUGUUCAUAUCACUUGCUUAAAAUUCUGCUGUCGUCUGAAUCAGAGUUGAUCUUUUAUAACCAAACUCGAAGUGAAGAUAUGUGCGUAUAUUCACUGAAAAUAAGAAAGUGAUCUUACCUCACUUCAGAAUCCAGCCAAAAGUAACUGACCGCCACAAAGUCGAGCCUUCAAACCUCAGAAGAGUAACAUGUUGAUUUUGAACCUGUUGAACCUGGAGAUUCAGAAAUUUAAAUUACAUCAAUAAAGAUUGACGUUAUAGGGUACCUUUAAAAGUAAUUAAUAAAAAUAAAAUUAAAAACAUUCAAUUAAGACAAAAAGAAGAUAUGAUCAUCCAAAGUCAGAAGUCUGAUGGAUAACAGACUGAGCAGUUAUACAUAAACAACAGUUAUUUCAAAUAAAGUCUAUAAAACAUGA